UGUCGCAAAAUAAUACUCGUAAAAUACUAAAAAAUCGACCCACUGUUGCAAAAUAGAAGUAACACUUUUAGUUAGCAAUUUAGCGAAAUAGCUUCAUAAAAUGGACAUUUUACGUCCAGCGUUGAUAAACAUAAAUGGCAGGAUAUACAGGAGAAAUGUCAUAAAAGAAGACCAGUACGACGAUGAGGAAGAGGAAGAGUUUUCGUACAUGGAAAAAGAGAGUGAACUUGUAGAUGAACCCUGUGACAACCACCCCAUAGAACAGAUAGAUAAAGGUUACCGCUGUGCCAUUGAUGUUCCAAGCAUUCUUUACAAGUACAUUAUUGGCAAGAAAGGAGAGACACGCAGGCGCCUUGAAGCCGAUACAAAGACUUCCAUCAACAUUCCAAAACAGGGACUGGAAGGACAGAUUGUUAUCAUAGGCCCCCAGAAGGCAGCAGUCUCUUCUGCAGUCACGCGCAUUGAGGUCCUGGUGGAGAGCUUCCGGAGGAAACAGCCUUUCACCCACUUCCUGUCCUUUGCUUUAAACCACCCUCAAAUCCAGGAAGGAUUCCUGAGGUUCAAAGAGGAAGUCUUGAAGAAGUGUUCUAAGGAUAAUGGAGUAGAUGAAAGCAUCUUUCAGAAUCCUGCUAAGCUUCACCUCACAGUUGGCACUCUAGUUCUACUGAAUGACAUGGAAGUAACCAAAGCCUGUGAACAGCUACAGCAGUGUGAGGACAUUAUCAAGAAAAUUACAGGGGUGGGUCUUCCUUUGGAGGUCACUGGGAUAGAGUACAUGAAUGAUGACCCCGCCAUGGUGGAUGUCCUGUAUACCAAGGUCAAUGAUAAAGAUGGAUCUGACAAGCUUCAGCAGGUUGCAGAACAGCUUGUGGAGAACUUUGUCUCAGCAGGGUUGAUGGUUAGAGAGUGGGACAGAGUAAAACUCCAUGGAACUAUCAUGAACACACUGUUUAGAAAACAUCCCUCAGUUUUUUCAGCUGAAAACAAUGGAGGUCCAGGAAAACAGAACAGGGAGUCCUUUGAUGCAAGAAACAUACUUAAGACUUUUGGAUCAUACUACUUUGGGGAGUUUAGUUUGAACACUGUCCAACUUUCCCAGAGGUACUCCACUGACUGCACUGGCUACUACACCUCAGCAGGCUGCAUUACCUUCUCAUGAGGAGCCUUAUGGACUGAGCAUCAUAUAGUAAGUAGCAGAUGGCACCACACCCAUUGAUAAGAGGGGAUUAAGGAGGGUGACUUUUGGCAGGUGCCACAUGGCGACAUUAUUCAACUGGUCAUAUGGACAGCCAGGUUGAACACUUGAGACUUAACGUAAGAGGAAUGUUUACGGCUAAUCUACCACUGAGCUGACCGGCAGACAAGAUGUUUAGAAAGGCUGUUUGAUAAACCAAUGCUGUUGUACUUAACUACUUUUUACUAUUCAAUCAUUUUAUUUACAUAUAAAGACACUUUUAUAAAAAAAUAUGUACAAAUAAUGCAUAUUGAGGGAACAGCAGAAGACCAAGAAUCAGAAGUGCAUAGUUCUGCCCUGAUGGGAGUGCAAGGACCCUUCUUUCUUUGUGCAGGGGUAACUAGACGACCCAAUGUUGCAGAGUGAAGCGCCUGAGCUGGUAUGUAUGGCUGGAUGAUGCCCUGGACGUAUGUGGGGCCUGUCCUGUUGGCCACAGCCUACUCAAAUGUCAGGGAUUUGUGCCUACUCCUUGCGGCAGGAUGGGAGAGUUCUGUGGCCUGGACGACCAUCUGGGUGGAGUACUCUGUCCGAAACAGAAGGAUCCUCUUUAUUUUGCAUAGAGAAUACCUGCAGGUGGUCGUUCUGCAAUGUGUCUCUUGAAACCCAGGUUAUCAUCAGGACACCGCCUAGCGUUCUUGCCGGGCGAGAGGCUGCUACACAGAUGUCGUCAUUAGUGAUGGAGAUCUCUCGAGCCGAAGACGAUCUGGCAGGAAUGAAGCUCCGUCUUGUGGGGAUUCAGUUUCAGGUAGUGGUAGGGCAUCUACGACACAGCUGACUACUAGUGUAGCACUGGUAAGAGAAGCCAAGUGAUUGGAUGACCAAGCAGAGUGAUCUGGUGUAGAUGGAGAAGAGGAGGGGUCCCAGCACAGAUAUCUGCGGGGCUCCGAUAAUGAGGGAGAGGGGUGCUGAAGCAGACCCUAUCCAGGGGACCUGGAAGGUCCUACCAAAGAGUAGGAGCUGAACUAGAAGAGAGAGAGCAGUUCCAGCAGCCCAUUUUGAUCAGAAAGAAGAUAAGCUGGUGGUUGACCGUGUCAAAGGCUGCAGACGUUGUGGAGGAUCAGCAUGGAUUAGAGGUUGGAAGAUGUGGCUGUGUUGACCAGCUCUCACCGCCAGUAGAGCCAGUGUCUGGCUUUGAAGCCAGAUUGGUGGUGAGUCUAGCAAGUUGUUCCUGUUUAGGAAGGUGAAUCGCUUACUAAGAGCAGCACAGUCCAGUUCUUUAAAGGGGCGAUUGAUUGCAAAACCGAUUUUACCUCGUCAUAGUUGAAAAAUGACAGUUUGGUGUGUAAACUAGACAUGCAGUGAACCUCAAAGUCCAUUGAAACCUCUUUCCUAACAAAAUUUCACUUUUUGAAACUGCAACUUGCAAACGCUACCUUUUGAAACAGUGCAAGUUGUGACGUCAAAACUUGCAGCAUCAACUUUGUCACGCCCCAAAAUUCCGCCCGCUGGUUUUCUGGUCCAGGAACAUAAACGGAGGUCGCGUAGAUCUCCGACACUUUUUUAGCUAGCUGCGAUUUUUACAGCAAGAUUGCUAGGGCAGCUGAAGCUGAGUUGAACUGAUGUAGGCUAGUGCUGUUACCCCCCUGAGGCGAUCCUGUUUGCGUCGACAACAGAAAUGGAAACUAACGUAACCAUUUCAAAAGAUAUCUAGUCAAUCUGUUGAAAACAGUGUUUUGUAGACACAAUGGAUUUAUUUGUAAAUUUUUAUUUCAAGUCUCCCCCUUCUUGUUUCAGUGAGUGCUGUGGCUGUGUUGCGUUUUUGCUCCGCAGCUUCACUCUUUGUAAACCAACUAAUCAGCGGGCAGAUCUGAUCUAUUAUUCAUGAGCAUACCAUAAAAAGAGAAAACCUAGUUUUUUUUCAUGAGAAAAUAUCAGAAGAUUUUUCAGGGGGCAUAGAACAGCACCCGGGCCAUUUUCAGCCAAACCAAUUUUACACACCCUAUUCUGAGUCUUUAAGGAACAGUGUGAAAUACCCCAGAAACCCAGUCAAUCGCCCCUUAAAAAAAAGAACAACCGUAGGGAAACCGAAGGAACGUUGAUGUAGGACAGGGUCGGCUUUUUUGGCAGGGGGAUGACUUGAGCCAUCUUGUCAGACUUGUUAUCAAGUCAGAGGGGAAAACACCAGUAGUUAGGGAGGUGUUGAUGAUUGAGGAAAGAUAAGGGAGGAUUUCACCAGAUAUGGACUGGUGAUGGGAUCCAGAGGGCAUGAAGUCGGUGGGCCAUGAUGAGUUGUUCCGCGACUUGUUAUACCAUUGAAAUGUACCAUUACCGUGUCGUUUCCAUAAAAACCCAGUUCCUUCCUCUGCAGCAGGCAGAGUUUUCCCAUUCAGAAGACAGACAUGGUUGUAUAUUCUGCAUCUCAGUGAAUGUAAGACCUGACUCAACCCAGUGCAGCCUCCUGUCUUGUCCCCCAACCUGCCCUAUGCCACCUUCUGCUUGGUAUGCAGGAGGAGGAUCGCAGAGGCCGCUUCUUAUUGUCAGCUCUGCCCUCCCCACCCCGUCCUCCAUUUCAGCAGAGUGAGUUCCCUGUGUUUCUGGAGUCUUGUCAACAGACAACAAUUAGACAGGGAUAUGUAAAUGUCUCUGUCAGAAAACACAGCCAGCCACCCAAGCAUUGAUUAGUGUGGCAAAGGCUCCGUCUGGAAUUUAUGCUCCAGACCUGGCACGGAGGAGCUUCAGAGAGGGCCUUUAUCAGCCUUUCCCUGUCUCCUGAGACAACGCUUGUUAAAGUCUGGGCCUGGGAUGAAAAUCACACUCAGGUGCAUGCCUGACGGAUUCUGAGAAACGCCAAUGUGUCUCCAAGCAAACACAUAGGGAGAUUGGGUAAUUUACAAGUUGAUUAGACUCAGUAAGACCAGACCUCAUCUAUUUCAGCAGAGACAGGAUUCAGUCUAGAUGUUCACAAAGAGUAAUGCUAUACAUGUUGGAUAACUGUUGCUAAAGAAAACCGGUGAGGUUUCUUCUCACUCCCCAGUCUGUGUAAAAUCUCUGCAAAAAAACUGAAAUGACUGCAACCACAAUGCUCCUCUGCCUAAUUUGCAUUGCAGUGACCUUGACUCUUGACAAGUUAGUGUUGUGUUUCUACUUGUGUGAAUGUUUUGUAUGUAGUGGCAGCUUGUAUGUUUUUGGGCAGGGUAAAUACUGUAUAUCUGCCUAUGUAGUCCGAUCAUUGCUGCCUGAAGUGGGAGGCUUUGACCGCUGAGGUUUGUAUUGGUCUCUUCCACACAGCCUGAUAAAUGACAUCUCAAUGGUGACUUUGGGGUUCUGGUUCUGGUUUUCUGCAAGGAUUUAUCCUUUCUGUUCUUUGUUAAAGAUUAAGAUGAAUUAUGGUAAUUGUGCAAGUUAUGUGGUAUUCAUGGUUCUAUGGAAUUCAUGAUUAAAUAAUUGUUCUUUCUGUAUGGCAUUUCAUCAACCAAUGUUGUAUUUUUUAUUUGGUAUCUCACACAAGCCAUAUUUUCAUUGCAGGAACCAAUGAGUCCCUGAUCCGUGGGGGGGGGGGGGGUGAGUUUGAUGGUGGGGCUUGCAGUGCAGAACAUUUCUGAUUAGUUGAGUACUCACAGCAGCAUUCGAUUAUUUCAUCCAUCCAACCAGUCAUCCAAUCAUCCAUGCCAUUUAAUCGGCAUGGAGGGGGGGAAUCUCCACAUUAUGUUGUCAAAUUUUUCUCACCAUGGCAUUUUGGUCAUUUUUAUUCCGCAUUGCUACUACUGCUCAUUUAUUUUCCAGUAAUGACCUAAUGACCCCAUUUGCUAAAAAGUGCAUCACAACUUGAAUCUCCUCCAUGUUUAGUGUCUGUUGCUUUGCAUGGUGUACAGUGCAUAUGUCAGCCAAUGAAUUUGCCUGUUCUUCUGGGGAGAGCUCCUGCAAUGAAAAUGCAGCUAACUGUGAUCUAGAGGAACCUUCUAGUUCAAGUUAUUGGGCUUUAGUGAGGAAGGUCCACUGCAAGUUCCUGUGGGUCAAAAGUUGCGGGUAGUAUUUUUAUGUAAACUAUCUACUCCCAUGAGAUGAGCAAUCUCCUCCAGGCCAUUGGCUUUAACAGUCCCUGCUUAAAAUAACAGAGAGAACCAGUGUGAAAGAGAAAGUGUUCUCAGGUCAAAUAAAUCACGAAAAUGUUACUGCAACAGCCCUAACAUAGCCCUAAUAAUAUACACUCCCUCUAAAGUGGAUUUGAAAAUAGGGCCGUUAUUUAUAAGUACGUUGUGUACCAAUCUUACAGCAAUGUCUAUUCAUCUACAGAAACUGGUCUCAGUUCUGUUGACAUGAUAAAACAUGAUUGUGUGAAAAAGAAGAGUUUUUUUUUUUGCUUCCCCUCCCCAUUACCCUAGUUUCCCCCCGACCAAGCCACUCCACCUCUACCCUCUGCCCUUUGACAUGAUAGGCCAAGGCACAAAAACAGCCUCAAAUACCUGCAAACCAACUUUUACUAAAUUAAACUACCAGCACAACUUAUCCACCAACCAUAUUUCCCUUCUACCCAGGAGUCCGACGGCCAAUAGACAUAUCAACAGCAUUCAGACACAAAGGCCACAAGAGCCAAUUUCCUCUGCCAUGGUGAUAUCCACCAAAAUAGCCUACUGUAUACAUAAAGUAUAUGUACUAUAUAUCAGGUAAACAAAUAAUGUACAUAAAGUAUAUGGAUACUAUUCUUAAUAAGAAGUAAGCAAGCAAGCAACCAACAUAAAAACAUAGCUGAAAAAGACGCUUAACUGUAAUAUUUACCAUAAAACCAAUUUUCUCUAGUAACUCAUAUGACAAUAAAACAAAUAAUUUCAGUUUAAUCAUUUCAGUUUGGUUCAGUGUAAUUGUGUAGAAAAGCUGGAUAUUGUCAUUCUGAACCAUGGAAUGCCAUUGUUCUUACUGUUAUUAGAAAUUAUGCUCUCAUUGAGAAUGAUUUUAUAUACCUCAAAACAUUUAAGGGGAGAAAAUAGAUGUUUGAAAGAUGUGACCUUUAAAAGCCAUAGAUAUGUUACAUUUACAUACCUGAAAUGAUUGGAGCACACAGGAAAUCAAUUAAGCUGUUAAUUACUUUUUGAGGUCAAGGUAACUUUUUCCCAUUAAGUGUCUUGCAGUAAAACUACUAAUGGCUUAAGGUUCAUUAAACAUACAAAUGCUUAGGCUACGUUUUUACGAAACACAAUUAAACUAGAAAGUUUUGACAGUGUUUUGAGUGUGCAUCAGCUCACUGAUCAGGUUUUAACAUUAACUAGUUUCAGAGAUUUCUCUCUGCUAAAAUUACUACCUUAAUAUAAAUAACUCAUUCAUCUAAAGGUAGGAGGUCCUCAGUAGCAGCAUAUGGUGUAGUGCAGGAACCAGAAAGCAGGUGCUCGAUACCAUCAUUAGCACUGUAACAUGAAACAUUAUUUUCUUUAGCAUUGUGUGUUCAUUGUUUGAAAUGCUAUUCCAGCAUAGGACUCUCUGGCAUCUACCUGUCAACACUCAUCACAUUGUUACUGAUGAAAAUUGAUCGACAGUCAAGGUUAGAGUAUUUGAAAUGUGCCUCUUGCGCACACGCACGCGCUGAGAGAGGCAGGUGAUCUCUGCUGCAGCUCUUUAUCAUGCAGUGUGUGGAAGGAAAACCUGCAGCUGUCAGUGUCUGUUUAACCAGAGAUCCAUCCACACAGGGCAGGGAGGCACAACCACAGGGGUCUGAACAGCAGCUAGCUAGGAAGGCCUCCAGUUGUUUUUGUUGAGCAGCUGAAUAUAGAACGAGUUAAAUGCAACGUCAUACCCCCUUACAAGCUAAUAUAGUGAGAUUUGACUGGAAACUGAUCAUUUAGCAUCUCACUUACUUAUCCAAUUAAAAUGCUAAUUUGGGAUUUGAUUUGUCAAUCAUUCAAUCCACAUUAGCGAUUGCGACCUGAAUCAUUCUUCACCUUUUUCUGCUCUUGAAAACCCAAGCCAUUUUAUUGUGUGCACUAUUAAAACUGUCGAAUAUUAGAUUAUUUCUCCUCUGGCGUAGCUGCUCCCCAAUAGUUAACCAAACCAAGCCAGAACAUGUAUGCAUUAUCAUUAUUGUUAUUAUUAAGCAACCAUGUCUACUGUUCAUUCAAAUUCUCAAAGUGUAGAGCACACAUACAGGUGAAAUGCUUCCCAUGCUGUCUGCCUAGCCCAGAGUACAGUGACGCAAUGGGGGUGAGUGCAAAAUGGAUUCAGAAUGCGCUCCACCAACUUUGCACUUAUAAUAGCUGUGUGACCUACUUUGAAUUAAAUCUACACAUUUAUAGCAACUCCCCUUACAUUUGCAAAUCACUUGAGAUUACUUCUUAUAUGCAGCCAAUGAGACUUGCUCACGGCUGCUUUGAUGGGGCUUUCCAAUAAUCUUUAGUAAAAAAUAAAUACAAAUCUGGUUAACAGUGAAGCAACUCAGAACCAGUGUUUUAUACAGUGUCAAGAAUAGAUCUCAAAACCUGGGGAACCAAUUUCUCAUAACCACUGUACUAAAUCAAACAUUGUUUAUGUCCUGCAAGGCGGAGAUGAAUACCAUGUUGGAGAGGUGGACGACCAACAGUGUGGAUAGACAGUGUACUCCCCCCCCCCCCCCCAGCACCUAUGAGCAGCAGACAGCAACUCUAUCUCUGCUUCUAACACAAUGGACCUCAUCUUUAUCUCCAGAUCCUCUGAGCAGGUACCAUGAAUCAGACUGCUUGGUGUGCCAUGCUGAGUGUCUACCCUAUCAAGGUUAGGCUUCAGAUGAACAGUGUACUGUUAAAAUUUGUGUUUUCCAUUGGGGAAUGCCUGGAUUUCAAUGGACUGCAAUAAAGUCUAAGCAUUAAAUCUUUGUUUGUGACAUUUAAGGAUUCCCUUUUUUAAGGAUGGCAAAAUUAACAACGCAUUAUGCUAAUACAUCAUAGUUUGUCAUUGAGCAAUUGGUCAUCUACAUUCUAUAUGUUAUCGUCUGAUGUAAAGUCCUGAAAAUGUUUGUUUUAAUCUGACUAUUGGUCAUGUGUGAGUAGCCAAUAGGGUGAGGAAUUACUACUAAACACGUCUGCCAGUUCAACAUUUACAUUUUGCAGAUAACAAAUAUUUGCAGAUUACAGCCGAUAAUCGGGGUGUAUUCAAUUUGACUGCCUUGUUGUGAUUCAAAUAAAGUGCUUCUCUCUUCGA